AUGUCUCCAUCCACUGCCGUUGCCAUGGCUUCCAGCCCACUUGCCUCUGAUGAGACUACUUCCACUGGCACCCCUUCCACCAACCUUACUGCUUUUACUCCCAAAGCCGCUCCAGGCACUGCUGGACGUGCUUCCACUGGCAAUAAGCGUCGUGGACCUCGCAAUACCAUCUUUGUGGACACUGCUCGUCUCGAUGAUGAUGUCUUCUUGUCUGCACCCACCCCUACUACUUCUACCAGACUGUCUCCCACUGCCGAGGUCUUCACUCCGCGUCUUCACAAUGUCUUCGACAUUCCAGCUGAGCUCGUCAACAUUGUUGGCCAAGCUGAGGUUCGCCAGCUCCUUGUGUCUGACGAGGAUCUUGUCGAUUCUGACGAAUUCUCCGACGAUGGUACCGGUGUUGCUAAGGCUGCUGUCCACACUCAUGCAGAGCUUGGUGGACCAGCCCUCACUCCUGAAAAUUGCCCUGCCCUUACCCCUGAGCAUCGUGGCCGACAUGAGUUUGAAGUCCGCCACAAGAUGAUUAUUCGUGGAACUGAAUCCAGCGCUCGUGAGAAGCACCACGGCAGAAGCUUCAUCUCCAAGGUUGAGCUAGCCGAAGGAUCUUUCACCACUGAUGAGCAUCUGUUCCGUUCCUUCCUCGUUGGUGGCAUUCCACUUGACUAUCCUACAGCUGCCAUUGCUGUGUCCUUCUCACCAUCGGUGUUUCCGUCAUUGAAGUACAUCAAUGCUGUUCAGGUCCUUCGCGAUGGAGCCUUUACUGUCUCUUUUGGCGACAUCCGUGAUGCCAAGAAAGCCUUCGACAGCGUUCCUUAUCUUGUUCCUGGUGCUCGUGCCAUCUACAUGAGCCCCAAGACUCUCGCUGCCGACCUCAACCAAGACCCAGCUGUCGUCUCUGACUUCCAUGGACAGGCAAUCAUUACUGUUCGCUAUACUUCUUGGGUCAUCCCUGCUCAACCUAUCAUCAAUGAGAUGAGACGUCUGCUUGGCCAGUGUGGUGAUGUCAAGGCCCUUCAUGCUCUUGAUCCGCUCGAUCCAUCAAGUCACACUCAAUUCCGCGAGUUCCGUGUCGAGUUCUACAAUACAGAUGCUGUUGCUGUUGCCAAGGAUCUUCUCACUGGUGACUAUGACAAAGUAAGUUCCUACCUCCUGGCUCCUUGUCAUUGCCUAACGUUGCAACAGUACAGCAUCACCGUCACCACCUACACUCCAGAUGUCUACAAUCUUGUAGCCCAUCUCAAUGGACGCAAUCCAAGAGAUCUUGUAUUCAGCUCCCAGACCCUCAGCAUUACUGGUCGUUCAACUGUUCCUGUUGAUCCAGACUAUGACCGAAUUGCUGCUGCGCUUCAACGUGGAGCACUUCGUACUGAUCGUCGUAUCAACCACAACACCAACCACAACGCUGUCGAUCUCAAUCGCAUCACUGCAGGCGUUGAUGUGCGUACCACAAUCAUGCUCCGCAACAUCCCCAAUCGUGUUGAUCAGCCCCUCUUGAAGGCCAUCAUUGAUGAGACCAGUGCCGGGUGCUAUGAUUUCAUGUACUUGCGAAUUGAUUUCGCUAACAAUUGCAAUGUUGGUUAUGCCUUCAUCAACUUCAUUGACUUCAUCAUUGCUCGUGCUGGUCAACGUUGGAACUGCUUCAACUCGGACAAGGUCGCUGAGAUCUCCUAUGCUACUAUCCAAGGCAAGGACUGUCUCGUCUCCAAGUUUCGCAACUCAUCCGUCAUGCUUGAACAUCCUGCUUUCCGUCCCAAGCUCUACUACCCAACUGGUCAUCCCAAUGCUGGCCAGGAGGAGAAGUUCCCUGAUCCAGAUAAUCCGUCCAAGAUGCGACGCUCUGUCGAGAAUGCUGAGCACGUUGGUCUGUACCCUUCGCGUCUUAUUCAGAGCUCCCUUGAUCCUCCAGCUGUCGUUCCAUCUCGCACUCCUGGUUGCAUGAAUUGCUCGGAAGAGAAGCGCACUCGUUUCCUUCCCCCUGCACGUGCACCAAAGCCUGUUCCAUCAACAGUCUUUGUUGAUACCUCUAGUCCUUUGGAUCCCUUUUCAGGCAAAAUCACUCGCCCUCUUCCGUGA